CAGCGAAAACCACAAGAGCAGAAUAAAAAAAAUAUACACCACCACACAAACCAACCACCAGAUACAGACAGCCACACCAAACCAAACCAACCUACAGCCACUAGCAGCACACGAGAUGGCAGGCGGAGGCGAGCAGCCCAACAUGUUCCGUGCGCUGAGCAACGAGAUCAACGUUGCCGGCAUCAUGCGGUGGACGUGGAAGACCUAUCACAGACAACCCGUGCUGGUUGCAGCAACGGCAAUGGCCGUCCUCGGUUGUGGCGCAAUGUAUGUGGCGAGCGACAGGGAUAACAAGGAGAGGCAAAAGUACAAAGAAGGCUUCGUCUCCUACGACUAAGAGAGCUGCUUGGAAACACGUUGUACUUUUCGUAUCGUAUGUUCGCUGUGUUGUCGUUGUGUGUGUGUGUGUGUGGCGUUCUUGCCUGUAUGGCCGUGCGUGUGCGUCUUGCGUCCUGUCCAUGUGUGCUGGUGAGUUUUGUGUGUUGUGAUUACCGUGGCGUGCCAUCACAUGGGUCGAAUACAGGCGUGCGUAUCAUUCUUUCGUGUGAGAAUGGCCAUCUCAGUGGCACGUGUGGGUGGUGAUGGGAGGAAGGGAAAUGGACGAGGUGG